GCAAAUGUGUCUGAUGCUCUUUGUCUGACCUUAUUUAUCGCAUAUGCAAUGCACAUAGAUUUUAAGAAUAGGCUGUGAAAUUGACCGCAGUAAAUUGACAACGAUAGGUCAGAAAAAGCUCUCGUCUCUUUUUGUGCUGAUGUCACAUGUAAACCAUAGGCGGAAGUGACACUCGACAUCUUGAUGCGGAAGAGAUUCCGAAGAAUUAAAGAACUGUCACCAAAAUGACAACAACACACUAACCAGAGCUAUUAACGUCGUAUUAUAGCUAUUGCACGUUGAUUUACUGAGACGAGUGAAAUUCUACGGUGGGUUAUUUUGACCAUCGUACGUAACCAGCACCCAUGGCUAAUAACAAUUUACAGAAAGCAAUAGAUCUUGCAAGCAAGGCUGCAGAGGAGGAUAAGGCUAAAAACUACGAGGAAGCUCUCCGGUUGUACCAGCAUUCCAUUCAAUACUUCCUUCAUGUUGUUAAAUAUGAGGCCCAGGGAGACAAGGCCAAGCAGAGCAUCAGGGCAAAGUGUGCAGAGUACCUGGACCGAGCAGAGAAGCUGAAGGAAUACUUGAAGAAGAAGGAUAAGGCCCCUCCAGCCAAGCCUGUCAAGGAGUCCGGCUCUGAUGACAAAGGGAAUGACAGUGAUGAAGGUGAAGGUGACCCAGAGAAAAAUAAGUUUAAAAAUCAACUCUCAGGGGCCAUCGUCAUGGAAAAGCCAAACAUCAAGUGGAAUGAUGUAGCUGGGCUUGAGGGUGCAAAGGAGGCCCUUAAAGAAGCUGUCAUCUUGCCCAUCAAAUUCCCUCACCUCUUCACCGGAAAGCGAACUCCAUGGAGAGGGAUCCUGCUGUUUGGCCCUCCUGGUACAGGGAAGUCUUAUCUGGCCAAGGCUGUGGCCACAGAAGCCAACAACUCUACCUUCUUCUCUAUCUCCUCCUCUGACCUGGUGUCCAAGUGGCUGGGGGAGAGUGAAAAGUUGGUGAAGAACCUGUUCAGCCUGGCCAGGGAGAACAGGCCCUCCAUCAUCUUCAUCGACGAGAUAGACUCUCUGUGUGGCUCCAGGAGUGAGAAUGAGAGUGAAGCAGCCCGCCGCAUCAAGACUGAGUUCCUCGUCCAGAUGCAGGGUGUUGGAAAUGACAAUGAGGGAGUCCUGGUUCUAGGAGCCACAAACAUCCCCUGGACACUGGACUCUGCUAUUAGGAGAAGGUUUGAGAAGCGGAUCUACAUCCCUCUGCCUGAGGGGCACGCCCGCUCCUUCAUGUUCAAGCUGCAUCUGGGCUCCACCCCCAAUGAGCUCACUGAAUCAGACUAUGUGACCCUGGGUAAGAAGACGGAAGGCUACUCUGGAGCAGACAUCAGCGUCAUCGUAAGGGACGCCCUCAUGCAGCCAGUCAGGAAGGUGCAGUCGGCCACUCACUUCAAACGGGUCCAAGGGUCAUCAUGGAACCAUCCCAACCUCGUGGUAGACGAUCUCUUGACACCAUGCUCACCAGGAGAUCCAGACGCCAUAGAGAUGACCUGGAUGGAUGUUAAUGGGGAGAAACUCAUGGAGCCCAUUGUUUGCAUGGCUGAUAUGCUGAGGUCACUGCACAACACCAAGCCAACUGUGAACGAGCAGGACUUGGACAAACUCAAGAAGUUCACAGAGGACUUUGGUCAGGAAGGCUAAUACUCAACCAAAUAAUGCGAACACAACUUUCCUUUCUCAUAUCCUUUUUCUUCACUGGUUCUCAGGCCUGCAUUUGCUACUCUACUUUCUCUCCACAAGUAGCAAAGGGGCUUCAUGUUUCAUGUAUGUUAAUUUGUUGACUUACUUUGUUGCCAAUACAUACCCAUAAUAGUGUACCCAUAGUAUACAACUUUUCUUUUUACAAAGAUAGAUUGGUUGAAGAUGGUGAUGGUCUCAAAUAAUAUGGAUUCAUGAAAAGUAUUUAUAAUUUAUGCUUUAAAACACUAAAGUGUCUGUUUUGGCCUUGAUGGCAUCAAACAAGCAAUGCAUGCAAUUGUGCAUUACAAUAACUCCUCCAAAAGUCCUUUACUGCUUGAAGUGCAUCUAUGGUUUGACAAGAUGGAUGAGGAUUGCCUGUUUUGUUGUACUGUAAUGUGUUUGGACAUUGUUUACCGAUGUUUCUUUCUUUGUAUUCAUUUUUCUUACCAAGAAGGGCUACGCCUGUAAUUUUGACUCUGCGUUGAUGGAGCAGCACUCAUUGAAGAGGACCAUAUCAUGAUUAACUACCAGCAAAUUUAAUGAUUACAAUUUUCUUUCAUCAGUUUUUAUGUUGAGUAUUUUCAUAUUGUUUUUCUGUAUGCUGUUUUUGAAAGAAGAUGUUAGUUUGAGUGCCUUGCUGGUCAAAAGAAAGUAAAAGUACUUUGGAAUGGGUUGGUGGGGGUAUGUUAUAAUGUAAUAAAACCCAAUGAUUAUUGAUCUUCAAGGGAAAUCA